CAACAUGAAGGUGAUAGCGGUAGUGGCACUGGUCUGCCUAGCGGCAGUCUGCGCUAGGGAGCUCGGCGAGGAGCAAAAGGAAGACCUCGCGGUAGCCGCCACCCACCAUAAAAAAGGGCAUGAUCACCACCAUGAGUCAGGAGGCGGCAAAGAGCAUCAUGCUCAUCACCAUCACGAGCAUGGCCAUCAUGACCACAAGGGUCACAAAGGUCACCAUCAUCACCACAAGGGUGAUCACGGUGAUCACGGAAAGCAUCAUCACGAGGGUCAUCAUCACGAACAUGGCGGUCACCACAAGAAGCAUUGGGAUGAGCAUGACCAUCAUGGCCACCACCACGAACACGGUCACCAUCACAAAGGAGGCAAACACGGCCAUCACAAACAUCACGAUAAGGGAGAACACACUGACGGCUACCACAAGAAGUACCAUAAGGAUCACUUCCACAAGGACCAUCACUUCUACGAUGAUCAUCAUAAGGAAGGCAAGCAUCACAAGCACGGCCAUCAUCACGGCCAUCACGAGAAGCAUGACGGUCAUCACAAGAAGGGCGGUCAUCACGAACAUGGCCAUCAUGAGCACCAUCAUGGUAAACACGGGCAUCAUGACAAACAUCAUCAUGAUGAGGACCACAAGGGACACAAGGGUCAUCAUGGUCAUGAUGAGCAUCAUCAUCACCAUCAUGAUCAUGGCAAGAAGGGAGGUCAUCACGACCAUAAGGAGUGGGGCCACCAUCAUGGCAAGCACUAAACUACCUAAG